GAGGUGAUUUUUUGUAGCGGACCCGUCUGUCAGUCAGCUGUGUGGAGAAGGUGGGGUCACAAAGAGCCAAGAUGGCGGAUUUUGAAGAACCGCUGUCAGAUGAAGAGAAGGUGCGCAUCGCAGCUAACUUUGUGACCCAUGCCCCUCCAGGAGAGUUCAACGAAGUCUUCAAUGAUGUGCGACAUCUCCUCAACAAUGACAAGCUGCUCAGGGAGGGAGCUGCCCACUCUUUCUCCCAGUACAAUAUGGACCAGUUCACUCCUGCCAAACUAGAUGGCCAAGAUGAACAGGUCCUGAUCACGGAGCACGGCGACCUGGGGCAGGGCCGUUUCCUGGACCCCCGGAACCGCUUGUCCUUCUGCUUCGACCACCUGAGGAAGGAGGCGAGCGACCAGCAGCCCUGUGAGGGAGAGAGCGCUCUGCGCACGUGGAGAGAUGCCUGCGACGCUGCCCUGAGUUCAUACGUGAAGGAGCACUACCCCAGCGGAGUCUGCACGGUAUAUGGGAAAACAGUUGACGGCCAGCAAACCAUCAUCGCCUGCAUCGAGGGACAUCAGUUUCAACCCAAAAACUUCUGGAACGGACGCUGUAGGUCAGAGUGGAAGUUCACCAUUGGUCAGUCCACUGCCCAGGUUGUGGGGGUAUUGAAGAUCCAGGUUCACUACUAUGAGGAUGGGAAUGUCCAGCUAGUCAGCCAUAAGGAAGUGGAGGAGUCAAUAACCGUGACUAAUGAGAGUCAGACAGCCAAGGAAUUUGUUGAUAUCAUUGAGAAUGCUGAAAACGAUUAUCAGACGGCCAUCAGUGAGAACUAUCAGACCAUGUCCGACACCACCUUCAAGGCCCUGCGCCGCCAGCUGCCAGUCACACGCACCAAGAUCGACUGGAACAAGAUCCUCAGCUACAAGAUCGGCAAGGAGAUGCAGAACGCUUAGCUGUCAGCCACACUGCAGGGAUCACACACGCACGCACACACACACACACACACACACACACACACACACACACACACACACACACACACACACACACACAAGGACUAACCAAAGCAAAUAUAUAUUAUUAUGGGUAAAAAAAAGAAAAGGAAAAAAAGAUGCUUCAGAUUCACAGACUGCUAGGCCGUGUUGUCUGUUUUGGAAGGACACGGUUGUGAUUUGGAGAAGGAACUUUGGGUCUGACUUCUAAGUUACAGGAAGGGGGCUGAGGUCAGCAUUACAGGAAGGCGGCUGAGGUGAGCGUAUUCCUGAGGAGCUGUGUGUCAGGACUGCACAUACCUAUUCAAAGCCGUUUUAAACUUACCCCUAAACUUACACGCGUAAACACCAGUCUGGCGACAUUCGAUUGGAGACUGUAAACUUACUGAAAGUGACUUUUGCUUAUUCACUCCUGUGCAGAUCUGUAAUCACUGAAGUAGCACGAGGGCAUGUUUAGAUGUAGUGGAACUGGGCAGCUGGCAACUGCAUUCAUUAAAGCACACCAAGCCCAAAGAAAGCAGGGUCUGAUUUGACCGGGCACAACCCUGGCACAACGCAUAGGAUUUAGACAGAGUAGAUUGUACUAAAACAGAGAUCCAUUUUGUCCCCCCUCUGAACACUUGUCCUCCUUAGUAGCCAUGCCUCAGUGUUUGUGUAAGGCCAUCCCUCUUGGAGGAUGUGUGUGAGUGAGGUGACUGUAUUUGAAGUCUAGUUGUUGACAUUUGGUACCAUGACGACAUCUCAACUGUAAUUACAGCCCUCCAGCUGGAUACUGAUGUGUGUUUCAAAUUUCAAAAGGUUGGAGGCUUCAAGGGACAAGGGAACAUUAUUUGUGUUUCUCUUUGUGUCUUCUGUGCUCGGUGUCGUGAAUGCUGCGACGACUGAACUACCCUAACCGUUUCUCUUUCGUUUCUGAGUGUGAAUGUCUCCACGUGGUUGUAUCACCUUGGCAACAGCACCUCCAUUGUUGUAAUGGUCUCUCUUAGUUGAAGGGAGACUUGUGUCAAACUAAGAUUUGCUUGCCAAAAUCUCUUUCCUAUGGUAAAGAAUCCAUACACACAAGGUUUCACCAAUCUUAUUAUGCUCAGAUCUAUAUUUUAAUACAUGGGUUUCUGUUGAAUAGAGUCUUAAUGUCACUUAUCUAUCAUGCUCAUUUGUGUUUAAAUUGACACCAAAAGAAUACCAAGUAGCUUUGUCAUGUGUUUAAAAAAACAUUAAUGUACAACACACACACACACACCCUUACUAGUGAAAGGCAGACUCUGGAUGAGGUGUUACUCAUGUGUCUGUUCCAUGCUCUAAAUCUCUCACACCACUGUUCUCCACUCUGCUUCAGGAUCUGAACUGCCCCAUUCUGUGAAAAUAAAUAGACCUGUAAUCACGGCC